AUGAUUCACAUCUCCUUUAAGAUUUGUUUUAUAAUCUCUUGUCUAUUGGUUCAUUGCCUAAAGGCUAAUCAGGACCAGCAUGUUACAGUUCAGUGUAAUGGAGCCUUUGCAAUUCCUGACUCGAAAACUGGUGUAUGUCAACAGGAAAUUCCUAAAAAGAAAAAGUAUAGUUGUGAUCUUUCAAGUUGUUCACUUAACUCUCAUCUUUGGGUCCCGAUGAAUAAUUGUCAACUUUUUCAAUCACCUAUCAAAGAUUUCAGUAAUCAACAAUGUAGAGAAUAUGCUUGGACUGGAUACGAUUAUGAUUGUAUUAAUCCCGGUACAUAUAAAUAUACGUGUCCUUAUACUCCUCAAAAUAUACCUUCUAUGAUUUGUAGAUAUUGCUUGGAAGUACCGUUAGGAAUCUUAUGA